AGGCACGCUGCUCUCUAUCCUGUCCCUCUGCCCCUCUCCAACAGACACAGGCAACCGGCCACACCCCCCCUCCCUCCACUCUCACACAGACCCAUCUACACCUCGCCACCGAGCCACCCCACUCAUUCAUUCACUCCCUCACUCCCUAGCUCUCGCUCCGCUCGCCCGCCGCAUCGCUCUCGCGCUCUCUCUCCUCCCCCCCCCCCCAACCCCUGUUCUCUGCCUCCAGUGUUCCCCUUCGUCUCCCCCGCCUCACACCCUCCCUCCCUGCCUGCCGCCCGCUGCUGUGUUCGGAGCGCGAUGGCCACCGCCAUGUGGAGAAUGAAUGGAGCCGGGGAGAAGAUGUCUGGUGCAGCACUGCUGCUGCUGGGAGCUCUGCUGCUCAACAAUGGUUUGAUGUGUCUAGGGGACGACACAGAGGCUCCCACGGUGGUGGAUGCCUCCUUGGAUGCUACCACAGGAGCCCCAGACAGCCCGGCCCCAGUGGUCCCAGAGGCCACCUCUGAGACCCCCGUCCGGGCUGACGCCACGACCGGCGCGGUCACCGGGCCGCCGCUGGCCGUCUCCGUCAUCACCAACAUCACCUCCAGCCUGCUGGAGGUGGCGGCCCAGGAGACCGGCAAGAGCACCCCGGAGCCCUCCGCAGUCCCGUCAGACGCCACCGAGGCCCCGGCCGCCCCGACGGACCUCGAGACGAAGGCCCCCGAGACGAAGGCCCCCCUGAAGCUGGUGGUGCCCGUGGUCAACUGUGUGGUGAAGGAGGGCAUCAAAGCCGAACACGUCAAGGCUGUCGUGACUACCAGCACCUGUGAGGAAACGAUGGAGGCCCUGCGGGCAGCUCCUGCAGCCUGGUGUGCAGCAGAGGUCUGCCGUCUGGACGUCUCCCAGGACGGCAACAGCAUCCUGGUGGCCAGCCCCGACGCUACACCUAGUGUUAUUAAAGCGGCUCUUCAGGGUGAGAAGAUCAAAGAGAUGUUGGGCGUGUCGGGGGUGGAGUCCAGCUCGUCAGGCCCCGGGGCCUCGGUGUUCGUGGGGGUCCUGCUCACCGGCCUGCUGGUGGCCGCCGGACUCAUCGGAGGCUACUGCUUCAAGAACCGUCGCACCCCCGGAGACAAGGGCACCCGACUGGCGGAGGAGGCCUACCCGGUGGACGUGGAGAACCAGGGCAACACGCUGGUGUCCGUGGCCCCCCUAAACCCCCCUCCCGAGACCCAGGAGCCCGCCGAGACCACCGAGAUCCCGGAGCCCAAGGAGCCGGCGGAGGUCCCAGAGAAGCCCAUCGAGAACGGAGAGGCCCCCGAGGAGGUGAAGGUGGACCCCCCGCCGCCCACCAACGGCACCUCCACCGCCGCCAAGACAGCGGACACUGAGCUGUAACAACACUAAACCACCAUAGGGUAGACACCCCUACCCCGAAACACACACACACACACACACACACACACACACACACACACACACACA